UUGUAUAUCUGACGACCUCUAAAUUUUAAUUUGCUUGUGACCAUAUACGGGAAAGAAGCAGUAGAGAUGACGAAGGCUCUGUUUGUGAGGCCAAACGUGGCGGCGCUAUGUAUCCGGCGACUGAGCUGCUCCGUUCAGCCACGUCUACCUGCAAUGGUGAAAUGCUAUUCUAUUGCAGUCCGUUCCUACAGGCCGAUGAAGCAACUUUCCCACAUAGGGUUGAAGUUUGAGGCUUUCGCCGGUCAUCGGAGUUUCAGUAUUCGAGCAACUAGCGAUACUGGCAGUAGCUCAUUUGAUUCCCCUCUUAUGCAGUCUAUGGAGAAAAAGAUCAAGGAACAGUUGAAUGCGGACACAGUCGUAGUGAAAGAUGCUUAUGGUGAUGGUCGGCAUGUCAGCAUUGAUGUAAUCGCUACAGCUUUUGAGGGACAAUCAGCUGUGAAUAGGCAGAGGAUGGUCUACAAAGCCAUAUGGGAAGAACUUCAGAACACUGUGCAUGCAGUCGACCAGAUGACUACCAAAACACCGACCGAAGCAGCUGCAGGGGAGUGAUAGAGGCACAACCUAAGAGUACCAAAACACUACCCCAGUCAACUACUUUAUUUUCUAGUAGCAAAACUUUUCAAUUGACACAUACAGUUACUAUUUAAAAAAAAGAACAUUGAAUGAUGUCAACUUUGAAGUAGUAUUGCUUUUACAUUGUUAGUUAGAGACAGUGCAUUGAAUACUUGUCAUUUUGUUACAGCAGUUUGUUCAUUUUUAAAGUCUAGUUCUUCCAUGCUACUGGUCUAAGAACAAGAGUUGAAUGUGCCUGUCCAAUGGAAGAACAGUUUAACGGCUUAACGCCAUGGAUCUGAUGAAA